AUGCUUUCAGGGCUAAAAUUCAUACCGCGGGAUCAAGUCGACAAAGCACAAGAUGAAACACACAGUGAUUCGAGUGAAGAGACUAGAAAAUCAGGGCAUAGAAAGGAAAAGGGUGCUAGGAAAAAGAAGCACUCCCGACUCAGUAGCCCUCAUGACGAAGGCCUUGAAAGAAUAAAAAGUGGGUCUAGAAAGAAAAAGAAGUGGUAUGAUUCGAAUGAGGAUAUUUCUUCCUUUUCAGAAGACAGUAGUAGCCAGAAUGAACUGAAACGUCACAAGAAGAAGCAUAGGAGAUCGAAGAAAGGAAAGAGAAGGCAUGAUGACAGCUCGGAUGAUAAAUAUGAAAGUCGGUCUAAGGCAAAAUCAAGGGGACGAAGAAAAGAUUAUACAUCAGACAGUGAGCCUUCUAGUGGUUCUGGAAGGGAGAAGUCUCAUGAUGACAGUAAAGGGUCCCGGCCUCUAAAUUCGAAUGACAUUGUGAGGAAAGAAAUGGGAUUGGAAUGGAUGCUUCGGCCAAAGGACAAUAUGGAGAAUAGUUUCAGUAACACUCCUCUCAUUGAACCUAAAGAAGCUGUAACUGAAGAACUAAGGAAGGAUAAUCCCAGAGAACUAAACCCGUAUCUGAAAAAUAAUGGCAUUGGUUAUCCAGACGAGUCUGAUGAUCAGAAGCCUGGGGAUCAACAACUUCUAUCAGACACAGUCGUUGGUGAUGGAGGUGCUAGCUGGAGGCUUAAAGCUUUGAAAAGGGCCCAAGAGCAAGCAGCUCGUGAUGGACGGAAACUCGAGGAGGUAGUUGAAGAGCGUUGGGGUUCUAUGGGUCAUCUUGCUGCUUCUUUGGCUUCUCAAAAUGUUGCACCAACAUAUGCCCAUCUCCAAGCCAUUAAGCAUCGGAGGAAAGGGUUAUUAAUGGAAGAACAGAAACAUAUGGAUGAGGAAACUAGUAGGAAUGAGAAGGAUUCUGGACAGAAGAGCACAAGGGAUGUCCUUCGGCAUCCAAAAAUGCGAAUUCCAAAAUUCCACGAUUCUUUAUCUUGGGGAAAGCAGGGAAAUAAAAAUAAAUUGUCAGCGGAGGAUAGUGCUCUUGUUUCUGUCGCUCUCUCGAGUUUAAAUAAGUCUUCAAAUGAUGGAAAUUUAUCAGCCAAAUCCAUGCCCAAGGAGAAUCAUUCUAGCAAGUCUAGUGAUCCUACAAACUUUGAAGCAACAGCAGAGCCAUUUGAGAAUAGAGAAGAUAGUGGAGCAAUAAAGCCGUCCAUGAGUGCAAAUCAGUUGGCUGCCAAAGCCAUGCAACUUCGUAUGAAAGGAAAACACGAGGAAGCAGAAAAACUGUUGAAGGAAGCUGAGGCAUUGAGAGAAAAUCAAAGUGUUGGUGAUGGACCAAGCACAAAGCGAAUUGAUGGGACCACAAGCAGGUUUAUCCUGCAUGAUGCUUCCGCAAGGCAAAAGAAGAAAGAGGAUAAUGCUGAUCUGCAUCUGGCUCAAAAAAUCAUGCAUAAUCACCGGUACAGCAUAUCCAGUCAGGCGGAUGAAGAAUAUGACUAUGAUGAUGGUCCCAGAAAAAAGGCUCGGAAGAAAGGAGGGUUUAGCUGCCAUAAUAAGUCGUCUGAGAUUACCAAUUCUGCUAAUCGCUUCUUGACUCAGCAAGAUAGAUGUCAGUUCUGUUUCGAGAAUCCAGCGAGGCCAAAGCAUCUUGUGGUCGCCAUUGCUAACUUCACCUACUUGGCCCUACCUCAACAACAGCCUGUCGUCCCGGGUCAUUGUGGAAUUUUGACCUUGCAGCACGAAUCUUCCUCGAGAACCGUGGACGACAACGUGUGGGAUGAGAUCCGGAACUUCAAGAAAUGCUUGAUAAUGAUGUUUGCAAAGCAAGAAAAGGAUGUACUGUUUUUUGAGACGGUAAUGGGGUUGGCACGGCAGAGACGCCACUGUAUGGUUGAGUGUGUGCCUUUGCCUCGUGAUAUUGCAAAGCAGGCGCCCGUUUACUUCAAGAAGGCAAUCGACGAAGCUGAAGAUGAGUGGAGCCAGCACAAUGCAAAGAAAUUGAUAGACACGAGCGAGAAGGGGCUGCGUGGGUCCAUCCCCAAGAACUUUCCCUACUUCCAUGUGGAGUUUGGACUCGAUAGGGGAUUUGUGCACGUGAUAGAUGACGAGAAGGAAUUCAAGAGCAGCUUUGGGCUAAACGUGAUUAGAGGCAUGCUCCAGCUUCCAGAAGAGGAUAUGUACCGUCGAAGGAGGCAUGAGUCGUUUGAGGCUCAAAAGGAAGCAGUCUCCAGUUUUGCCCAGCAUUGGGAGCCUUUUGAUUGGACAAAGCAGCUGGACUGA